AUGGGCCAGGGACGCGCGUCGCUCCCAGCCGCGAGCAUGGCGAGUCUGCUGCUGCGACUGUUCAACAGCGACUACUUCUCGCCGCAGCUGGCGCUCAGCUACUUGCGCACAUAUGCUGACCAUGUCGGCAUCACAUACUUUCUUAUUUCGCGACUCAGCGAGUCGUUCCCCCCAGAAGAUAUCGAGUUCUACUGGCCCCAAUACUGCCAUCUCCUCGUGACCAGACCCACGUCCUCACGCGCCCUCGAGAACUUUAUUCUUCGAAAGUGCGAGGAUGAUGUGCACGUCGCUCUUCUCACGCUCUGGUUCAUGCAAGCACACCUCGCUGACCUCGCGUCCAUGCCGGAAUCCACGCACUUUCGAACGUGCCAGCGCGUGUACAAUCGAUGCCAGCGCAUCCUGUUCGAGGACCCCGAUCCACAUGUGCGUCAGGUCGACAGGCACGAGCUGCCCGUCUACAUCCCCUUUUUCGAGGCACGUCGGCCCUUGUGUGUCGGCAACACGACCAGUGCCCUAGCGGGGAUGGCGUCUGGCAUUCUCGCUCCAGCUCGUCCGGACGUGGCAUCGUACGGUCAACAUAUGGCCCUCCAGCAGGGUCGGUCACCCACCACAGACGCCCAGGUGGCACAGCCAGACAAUGCACGCGAAGUGCCGCCUCCUUCACCCAAGUCCCCGCCGCCUGCGCCUGCGCCGCCCGUCCAUCAGCGGCCUGAUCCCGCCCGGCUUGAUCCUGUACAACAAGUGUUUGGACAAGAAACAGCACCAUCCAUGUCAGAUGCGAACCUAGCUCCCGUCACAGCUCCCUCCUCACCAUCCAAGUCUCCCCCACUCCAGCCGGCAAAUGCCCCCCUCGAGCCAGGCAGUCCUGAAUACACCUUACAGCAAAAAUACUUGUGCUCCCACUUCGGACGCACCGAGAUGCAAUUCAUCCAGGCCCUUCAAGAUAUUCCCGCUCGCUUGCAACAGCUGCCCAAGCCAGCACGUCUCUCGGCGCUGCGCGCCGAGCUGACCAGCUUGAAUCGGACUCUCCCCGCCGAAGUGUGCUUCCCCACGUGGUGUGCAGGCACAGCUAUUGGGUCCCCGCACGUUGAGCGGCAUCACCGCGUCAUGCGCAUCAGUCCCUCAGAAGCUGUUGUGCUCAACUCAGCUGACCGCGUGCCAUACCUAUUGCACGUCGAAGUGCUACGAGACGACCUCGACUUUGACCCUAAUCGCCGCUAUAAUCGCGAGCUUCUGCAUGGUCGUCGGCACAAGUAUGUGGCGCCACGCCCCUCGAUACCCUCUCCCCACCAAAAGGGCCUCCCCGCCGCGUCCACCGACAAUAGCGAAGUCGAUCUGACCGAGCAAAUGUAUGGCUCCGACCUGUCCGAAUUCGGCAAGGAACAGGUGCAUGAGAGUCCAGAAAAGCAAUUCGGUACGAAGAACGAUACUCUCGAUACCGUUGCAUGGGCACACGCUUCAAGCGAGACGUCUGCCACCGAUUUUUCGCUCGAUGAGUACUCCCAGCGGAUGCGGACGGCUGCCAUUCUGCUGGCCCAGCUGAACCGUGGAAGUUCGCAUUCUCGAACAUCGGCGGAUCCAGCGUCUGACUCGGCUCUGAACGAGCCGGCUCCCACUCGCGUAUCAUACGCAGACGCCCAGGUCAUUCGACAGCGUAUUAUGGAAGAGAUGAUGGCACUGGAAGAACAGCGCAUGGAGCGCAUGAAACGCGGCGGUCAGUACUUUACGCGCCGCAAGCGAAACACGAUGGCAGCUGAAGAUGAAAAUGCCGUGCUACGUGCAGUUAACAAAGACGACCCUUCCGCUGCCUACUUUCGUGAGUCGUGGACGGUCAAGAAAGAGCGGAUUCGCGCAUCGUCGCCUUAUGGCACUCAGCCUGGUUGGGACCUCUUUUCUGUCAUCGUCAAAACAGGUGCUGAUCUCCGGCAGGAGCUCUUUGCGUCGCAGCUCAUUCACGAAUUUAAGCGCGUGUGGAAUGAGUGUCAGUCGCCCUGCUGGGUGCAUUACUUCCGUAUUGUGAUUCUCAACGAGAAUGCGGGUCUGAUUGAAACCAUCACAGAUGCCAUUUCGGUCCACUCGAUCAAGAAAGAGGCCUACGCAAGCCAGAUGGACGGAAAUGGGCAGCCAGUCUCAACAUACAACUUGUACGACCACUUUGUGCAGACGUUUGGCGAUCCUCAUAUGCCGCGCUUUCGUCGUGCGCGUCGACAUUUCAUGGAAUCACUCGCCGGCUAUGCUAUCGUGUCGUACCUCUUGCAGAUCAAAGACCGUCAUAAUGGCAAUAUUCUCGUGGACACCGAAGGGCACCUCAUUCACAUCGACUUUGGCUUUAUCCUGGGCUUGUCGCCCGGUGGGGUCGGCUUCGAGGCAGCCCCCUUCAAAUUCCCACGCGACUACAUCGAUAUCCUCGGUGGCAUGGACAGCGACGGAUACAAUGAGUUCAAGGCUCUCAUGCGCCGAGGCUUCCGAGACGCUCGUAAGCAUGCUGAACGCUUCAUUUUGCUGGUGGAACUCAUGCAGCGCCACUCGCACUUGCCAUGCUUUGCUGCCGGCAACGAUAGCGCAGCUGGACUGCUCCGCGAUCGAUUCCAACUUGGGCUCACGGCUGCUCAAUGCGAUGAGUUCGUUGAUCGACUCGUACUGAGCGCCGCUGGCAGUGCCUUUACCCGGUUGUAUGACCAGUACCAGAACUUUACACAGAACGUCUUGUAA